CAAUCAUUUCUCGCUUCUUGAAUUGCACGAUUAGGUUUCCAUUUACUUCGCUACUACUGCCAUUGUUGCCAUACACACACAUACAUGCGUGCGCGCCAACCGGCCGGCCGUCGCCGUGGAUCCACACCUCCCGAUCCCACCCAAACCUUCCCUAUAAAUUCCCACCCCCAGGGCCUCGCAACCUUCAUCUUCCAUCUCGAUCCCUAGCUGCUUCUCUCCAUCUCCAACUCUCCAAGAACUAGUAAUCCGUACCGUAUCAGCGCAGCGCAGAGCCCAUGGCGGCGCGCCUCUCCCUGCUGCUGGCCGUCCUGGCCGUGGCCGCCGGGCGCGCGGCGGCGCAGGACUACGACUUCUUCUACCUGGUGCUGCAGUGGCCGGGGAGCUACUGCGACACCAAGCAGAGCUGCUGCUACCCCAAGUCCGGCAAGCCGGCGGCCGACUUCGGGAUCCACGGCCUCUGGCCCAACCGCGACGACGGCACCUACCCGCAGAACUGCAGCCCCGACAACGCCUUCAACCCAUCAAAGGUGAGCGACCUGCUGAGCAGCCUCCGCGCCAAGUGGCCGACGCUGGCGUGCCCCUCAAACGACGGGCUCAGAUUCUGGGGCCACGAGUGGGAGAAGCACGGCACCUGCGCCGCCAACGUCUUCGACGAGCACGGCUACUUCCAGGCGGCGAUGCGGCUCCGGGACCAGCUCGGCGUGCUCGCCGCGCUGUCCUCCGCCGGCGUCAACCCGGACGGCGGCUACUACUCGCUGAGCCAGAUCAAGGGCGCCAUCAGCCAGGGCACCGGGUUCGAGCCCUACGUGGAGUGCAACCGCGACGAGGCCGGCAACAGCCAGCUCUACCAGCUCUACUUCUGCGUCGACGCCGCCGGCGACAGCUUCGUCGAGUGCCCCGUCCUCCCCAGAGGCAGGCCCUGCGGCAACAGGAUCGAGUUCCCGGCGUUCUAGGCUAUGUUCUUGCAAUUCUCUGCAAGAGGAUAACGGAAUGUUCAUUCCCCAUUCUUCAAAGUUUUUAUUAUUAUUCCCUUUUGCAAAUAAAAGGAACCGAUCGAUGUACUAUAUAUAUUUCUGCUGAAGAAAUGGUGCAGUCGGUAUUAUUAUUAUUAUUAUUAUUUGUCAUGACAUUCAGAGAACAAUUCAUUGUCAUGACAUUCAUUCAGGGAACAUUGCAUAA